AAGUCGGGCUCGUGAGAGGACACACACACACACACACACACACACAGACGCGGGGAUUUGGUGCCUGUCUUUCGGGUUUAAACCCCAACGGACAACCGCGAUGUUUUCACCCUCCGGCGGCGAGUAGCGACUUUAGCCGUUGGUCGUUGCGCGCGAGCGUUUUUUUGCGAGAAGAGAAGCAACGGAAAGGAGGAGGACUUAAAAAGAAGAAGAAGAAGAAGGACAAGGACAACACACACACACACACACACACAGAGAGAGAGUCGCGGAGACGGCAGGCUACUACGGGUGUUCCUCCUCUCGGCUCCAGCCUCCAGGAUGUCGGAGCGAGGAGGGCUCCCGCGGACUGGGGGCGUCCCGUCCCCGCACAUGCAGCCCUCCAACCGGCCGGUCCACAUGAACCUGUACGCCACCUGGGAGGUGGACCGCUCCUCACCCAGCUGUGUGCCGAGGCUGUUCAACCUGACUCUGAAGAAGCUGAUCAUGCUGAAGGAGCUGGAUAAAGACCUCACCUCCGUGGUCAUCGCCGUCAAACUGCAGGGCUCCAAGCGGAUCCUGCGCUCCAACGAGAUCCUGCUUUCCUCGGCGGGACUGACGGAGACCGACCUGCAGCUCACCUUCUCCCUGCAGUAUCCGCACUUCCUGAAGAGGGACGCCAACAAGCUUCAGAUCAUGCUGCAGCGACGGAAGCGGUACAAGAACCGGACCAUCCUGGGCUACAAGACGUUGGCCCUGGGCCUCAUCAACAUGGCCGAGGUGAUGCAGCACCCCAGCGAGGGGGCCCAGGUCCUGGGGCUCCACAGCCAGCUGAAGGACGCCUCGGUGCCCGUCGCCGAGAUCAGAGUCUACUCCCUGUCCAGCCAGCCCAUCGACCACGAGGGACCCAAAGCGAAGAUGUCCGAUCGCUCUCCGGACGUCGACAACUUCUCCGAAGAGGAGGAAGAGAGCUACUCGUCGGAGCAGGAAGGCAGCGACGACCCCGUUCACGGACAGUAUCUAUUUGACGAAGAAGACGAGGUGAGGAAGAAGAAACCGAGGCGCAAGCUCCCUUCCAAUGCCGCCAUCACCAGACAACCCAACAUCAAGCAGAAGUUUGUGGCCCUGCUGAAGAGGUUCAAGGUCACCGAUGAGGUGGGGUUCGGCCUGGAGCACGUGUCCAGGGAGCAGAUCCAGGAGGUGGAGGAGGACCUGGACGAGCUCUACGACACUGAGAUGUACAACCCCAGCGACAGCGGGCCGGAGAUGGAGGAGACCGACAGCAUCCUGAGCACGCCCAAACCUAAGCUGAGGCCGUUCUUUGAAGGGAUGUCUCAGUCCAGCUCUCAGACGGAGAUCGGCAGCAUGAACAGCAAAGACAGUUUGGGUCAAGACGCCCUGAGCCCGGGGGAGCAGCUACCGCUAGAGAAGAUGAAACUCUCCCACAGCCGCAACCUGGAGGAGGCCCUGUCUGAGACCGACACACUGGAGCCCACAGAUCAGGAGCUGUUUUCUGAGGUGGGCCCCUGCAUCACGGUGUCAGUGGCAGAGAAACCCCGUACGCCCAUGAAGAGCAGCAAAAGUGAAAACCAGGCCACGCCGUCGCCGAGGCCGGACGGGGGCCACACGCCCAGGCAGAAGCGCGGCAGCACCCCCAUGAAGGAGCGGCAGCUCUCCAAACCGCCGAGCGAGCGCACCAACAGCUCCGACUCGGAGAGAUCCCCGGAGCUGGGCCACAGCGCGCCGCUCCUGAGGAAGGUGGUGUACGAUCAGUUGAACCAGAUUUUGUUGUUGGACUCUGCGCUGCCAGAAAGCCUCAUCUUGGUCAACAUCAACAACUGGCAGGGGCAGUACGUCGCCGAGCAGCUGCAGGUCCAGAGACACCCGGUGGUCUGCACGUGCUCGUCGGCUGAGAUCCAGGCGGUGCUGUCGGCGGUGCUCACCCGCAUCCAGAAGUUCUGUAACUGUAACUCGUCCAUGCCCCGGGCGGUCAAAGUGGUGGCGGUGGGCAGCCAGAGUUACCUCGGGGCCAUCCUGCAGUUCUUCGUCACGCAGCUCGCCAACAAAACGUCCGACUGGCUCAACCACAUGCGGCUGCUGGUCGUGCCUCUGGGCUCCCACCCGGUCGCCAAGCACCUCGGCACCCUCGACAACCGCUACAGCUCCUCCUUCCUGGACGGGGCGUGGAGAGACGUGUUCAGCCGCUCCGAGCCGCCGCAGACGGAUCAGUUGGACGUCGCGGCGAGAAUCUCCGAGUACGUCAGCGGAGCCACGGUCACACACCAGCUGCCCAUCGCCGAGGCCAUGCUCACCUGCAAACACAGGACGCGAGACGAAGACUCCUACCAGAAGUUCAUUCCCUUCAUCGGGGUGGUGAAGGUCGGUCUCGUCGAGUCGGGUCCGUCUCCAACAGGAGACGCAGAAGAGGGCGUGUCGGUGAGCUUGGCCGUCCCCUCCACGUCUCCCCCCUCCCACAGCUCGCCCACGGGGACGAUUAAAGAGGCAGCCACGCCCCCCUCCUCCCCCUCCAUGGGCAGCAUCCUGUCAGGACAAGGGAGUCCCAGCAUGUCCCACGGCGUGGACGCCAUCGGCCUGCAGGUGGACUACUGGCUGGCCGAGAAGCGGCGGGAGGGCGAGCGGCGCGACGCGGCCUGCAAGAACACGCUGAAGAGCGCCUUCCGCUCGCUGCAGGUCAGCCGGCUGCCGGGCGACGGCAGCAGCGAGCCGCAGGUCAGCACCAUGGCGAUGACCGUGGUCACCAAGGAGAAGAACAAGAAAGUUCCCACCAUGUUCCUGGGGAAGAAGCCGAAGGAGAAGGACAUGGACUCCAAGAGCCAGGUCAUCGAAGGCAUCAGCCGACUCAUCUGCUCCGCCAAGCAGCAGCAGACCAUCCUGAAGGUGUCCAUCGACGGCGUGGAGUGGAACGAGGUCAAGUUCUUCCAGCUGGCCGCCCAGUGGCCCACUCACGUCAAAUACCUCCCCGUCGGACUCUUCGGCUACAGCAAGCCGCCCUCCUAGGGGGGGGGGGGGGCAAGCGCCGGCCCACUUCUCUGACCCCCGACUUGACCUUGGACCCUCCUCGAUAACCCCCGUUCACACCUCAGAGCA